GCACCUCGAUGCCCACAGUAGUGCAGCUGCAGACACUCAAAUAACUUGCUCUUGGAAGAGUGAACAAAGAUUUCAAAUGAGGCGAGAAAACGAUUAGCUACUGAACCAUUAAUGACUCUUUCAAGCUGAUGCUGGCGGAGCCAACAUGAAGAUGACUGAGCACAGCAGCGGUCACAAUAGGCUUGUCAGCCUCCAAGGAAAUAAGCUCAAUUGCCAAAAUGCUUGCAAAGAAAGCACUGGAGCAGGGAUGAAAAGAAUGCAGAAGCGAUUUCUCCACAAGGAUGGGAGCUGCAACGUGUAUUUCAAACACAUCUUUGGGGAAUGGGAGAGCUACAUGGUCGACAUUUUCACCACAUUAGUGGACAUCAAGUGGCGCCACAUGUUCGUGAUCUUCUCUUUGUCCUACAUCCUUUCGUGGCUGUUCUUUGGCUUGGUCUUUUGGCUGAUAGCCCUCCAACACGGAGAUUUAUUGCAUAAUGCAGACAUCAACCCUUGCGUUGCUAAUGUCCACAGCUUCACAGGAGCAUUUUUAUUCUCUCUCGAAACCCAAACUACCAUAGGUUAUGGCUUCCGCUGUGUCACUGAAGAGUGCUCUGUAGCCAUCCUCAUGGUGAUCCUACAGUCAGUAUUAAGCUGUAUUAUUGACACAUUCAUAAUUGGAGCUGCUUUGGCUAAAAUGGCGACAGCUCGAAAAAGAGCUCAGACUAUCCGUUUCAGCUACUAUGCUGUUGUAGGCUUAAGAGAUGACAAGCUUUGCCUCAUGUGGCGGAUAGGUGAUUUUCGGCCAAACCAUAUGGUCGAAGGCACAGUGAGAGCUCAGCUCCUGCGCUACAAGGAAGAUAACGAAGGGCGAAUGUCGAUGGAAUACAAGGACUUGAAGUUAUUAAACGACCAGAUUAUACUCAUUACACCAGUGACCAUUGUACAUGAGAUCGACCGUGAGAGUCCUUUGUAUGGUUUGGAUCGGAAAGCUUUGGCUAGGGACAGCUUCGAAAUCCUGGUUACGUUUGUCUACACGGGAGAUUCCACUGGAACGUCGCACCAGUCGAGGAGUUCCUAUGUCCCUCGAGAAAUUCUCUGGGGCCAUAGGUUCAAUGAUGUCUUACAGGUGAAGAACAAAUACUACAGAGUAGACUGCCUACAGUUUGAAGAAACCACGGAGGUUUAUGCCCCGUAUUGCAGUGCAAAGCAACUGGACAGGAAGGAACAAGAAUGGAACAGGACUGAGAAAACGCUGGAGAAAGAAACAGGUUCAUCAACCCUGAAAGUCAAGGAGAAAUCAUUUAGUGCCGUUGCCCUGAUUAGCAAUUUUGAAGAACUAGACGACCCCAGGGAAGCUGUCAAGCAAGCUUCGACCAAAAUACCGUAUCAGAAAACUUCAGUGACCCUAAGUAGACGCUCAUUGGAGUCUCAGAUCUAGCUGUUCACUGCAAUUAAAGUUACUGCCAUCAAGUUUUCCUGAAAGCAUCCCUGAGACAUCAAGCUCAUUCACAAGUAUAAUCACACAGAAUUAAUUCUAACAGUAUGCGACUGCAGUGUAGACAAACACUGAAUAUAGUCAUCCAGUGUGACACGUGCCCUGUAGUCCCAAUUGUCAGUGCUGCCUAAUUGAUUUAUAAGCUGACUUCCCAAUUAAUUGGGAAUUGGGUACCCAUAUUUUAUGUGGGGCCUAGAAAGCUCCAUACAAUUCUUUCCAAUAAAUAAUGAGAAUACCCCUUCAAUUUGAAUUGUGCAUUUCAAUUUUGAAUUAUUUUUUUCUUUUUUUCUUUUUCUUUUUACAGAUUUUUAAUUUUUUUAAUUGGUAUAGUAAGGUUGGAGUGCUGUUGUAGCCAGGAUAGUCGAGAAAAUGUCAAGAGGCAAGGCUUUUUUUGUGCUAUCUUUCACUGAGCCAACUGUAUCAUUGGGAGAGCUGUUGGACGAGCUUUUGGGCACGCGACCUGGGGAAGGGCACUUGGUGCCCAAAAGGUGUGCAGCAGGUCUCUUAACAACAGGUGGUCCAAUAAAAGAUUUCACAAAAAAGAUCUUUUUUCAGUUGAUAUACAGAGUGAUAGGAAGUUUAGAAAAUUCUAAUUUUUGGUGGCCAAAAUAUUUUGCAGUAAUCAAUUCAUUUAUAGUAAAAUCAGUCAGGACUCAUAGCAGAGAAUCUCUUUUUAGACCAACAAGAUUUUUGGAAAAAAAAAAAAUCUUUACGGCUACAACCUGGAUACCUUUCAUUUAUAGUGAUUUUUCUUUUUGUAACCAGCCCUAAUGAAAAUAUUCAGAAGGAAAAUUUUAUAAAAGGUUCUGAAACCAUCUAAAGACUAAUUUGUGUUCUUUAGUGACAAAAUUAAAAGGUUUCCAGGUCAAUCUGCAAAAAGAAAAAUGGGCUAAAUUUGUCAAAUAUUGCAUUAAAGCUUGUUGGAGAAAUUGUGGCUGGAUCUGUAAUUCAUUGCAAUAUUUUAUCCUUUGUGAUGUCUUUGAGAAAUCAAAAUUGAAAUAAAAAUCAAUGAAUUCAUAUUGGUGACGCUGGAGGAAAUAAAUCCAGAAAACAUUGAAGUGAAACCUUUUGACAUUUAGGACACAAAGAUUUAAUGUUUCAAGCCAAAAUGACUUGCAUUUCAAAACUUCUUUCUAUUUUUAUAGUAUUAUAUAUCAUCAUAAUUUUUAACAGGUCAACUUUUAAACAAAACUUUUGAUCUUGUCCAAAUGAAACCUCCCGAUCCUCUUCAAGAUGAUUUUUUGUAAUUACUUAACCGAAUAUUUCAAAAUAUUCAGUGUUCUGUCCCCUUCAGAAUGAAAUCAAAUUUGAAAUCCUCCGUGGCUUUCAUCCUCCGCACAGCUGUACUAGUAUUCAAUGUGCAAUAGUUUUCAAUGUGCCUUUAGUGUCAGGAUAAUGAAUACAAUUUAAUAAAGUCUUAUUUAUUCUGUGAACUUCAAACAAUCACCUUUCUGUAUGCAAUCUUUGGUUGCCUGCUCCCUUAUAGUUUUAUCACUGAUAGGAUUAUACUGUUGUAUACUGAAAAAUAAGUUGGAUGCUGAAAACAAGCUUCUGAUUCAUAAUGGUACCAUUCAUGGGAGUGAGUCAAGACUCAUAAUAUCCACAAGGAUGUUGUAUUCUGGGAAGAAUAUCUGUUACAUAAAUUAGCAUUGCUGUCCUGCUUUUGCUAUUUGUUCCCCCUAUGCAUUCUGGAUCUUAUUCUGAACCUUUAAUAGUGGCCCUCACUACUGCAUUGACAUGUCCAGGGGAGAUGUGCCCGUUCGUGGUAGGCUUAUAAACAGAAGCAAAUGGAUGAAAACACACACUCUGUAUCUGGGAAUACGACAGGAUAUUAGAUGAACCACUGGUCUGGACCAAUCUGGCAAUUCCUAUAGUAUUUUAUGGCAUUCAUAUUUUUAUUCCAUUUAUGAGAAUAUAAAGCUGAGGUACGAUAAAGUGUGGCAAUGCAUUCAGUGAUGUUGUAUGAAUGAAGACAUGGCAAUAAACAGCAUGUUACUGCCCUAUAUCUUGUGAUGGUCCAUUAUCCCCUUCAUCCCUUCUGCGUCACAGCCUUUUAACUUCCAUACC